AUGAAUGGCAUUAACACAUUAAUUGGGCAUUCAGUUUUCGAGGAAAUUAGAAACGAUCAUAUCACUAUUUACUCUGGGGAACAAUCAAAUAUGUUCUAUGGCACAAUAAAUUAAAAGCAGAUUGCUUCCGACUCAAUACCUUUUGCACCUACAAACACAAUAAGAAUUAUUGACUAUCAGAAUAAGCCAAGAUCCUUCAAAAAGAUUGUCCAGAAAUGCGAUGUCUUUAUAAUUGAUAUUUUAACCGCUGGAGUAGACUUUAAUGAGAUCGAUCUUGUUGUGAAAAUUAUCAAAUCUCUACCAGAAUCUCAUCAAUAAGAGAAAAUAGUAAUUUUGAUAUCAACUGUGAUGACUUGGAUCUGUACACCCAAGAAAUUCAUUGAAAAAUAUGAAGAGAGCUCUGAUGAAGAGAUGAAUAUCACAAGCGAUAGAAAUUUAAACAAAGACUUAGCAACUGAAGAUGAUAUUUAAGUACAAAGAUAAUAUAAGCAAUCUUCAAAAUUAAAGCAAAAGUUUGUAGUGUAUGAGCCCUUUGUUGAUAAAGACUUUUAGAACCGUGUACCACCUCCAAGAUAUUAAUAACAUAAAAAUGUAGAAAAUUUAUUAAUGACUGCAUAGAAGUCUAAUAAAUCUCUUAGAUGCCAUGUUUUAUGUUCUGGUAUUCCCUACGGCAAGGGAGAGAUGAAUGAAGUAUUUUAUGACUUCUAUAGAAGAUCUUGGCUCAGCUUGCAUAAGAAAUUAGCUACUCUUCCAGUUGCUGGAGAUGGAAAAAAUAUUUUGCCCAUUUUACAUGUACAAGAUUUAGCUAGAUCUGUUAAGCAGCUUAUUAUUAACAAGUAUUAGUAGUAGUACUUUAUUAUAAAAGAUAAUAGCAAAUUUACUUAGAAGUAAAUUGUAAAAACGAUUUCAAAAGCACUUGGAUGUGGGAAGCUCAAGAAUUUUGAUGUAAGUCUCUUAAUGGAUGAGGAUUGGAGUGAGUUUCUUUCUGUUGAUCUUGAUAUUUAACCCUCUAGGAUUUUUAUGGAAUAAGAGACUUGGCAUUGCAAAAGUGGAAUAUCAAGUCAAUCGAUCUAAAUGCUUGUUAAUGAAUUUAACACUUAUAGAGGUCUUUUUCCAUUAAAAAUUCAUAUCAAUGGGCCUCCAGCUUCAGGAAAAUCUCAUUAUGCGAAAUUGCUUUCUUAAAAAUAUGGGAUCCCUCAUAUCAAAGUAUCAGACCUAAUUGAAUUAUGUGGCUCUUUAGAUGAUGAACUUGGACAGUAAAUUAAAAAAACUAUGGAAGAAUAGAAAGAUAAGAUUGUAGCUGAUUAUGAAAAGACCAAAAAGAAAAAGGACCCAGAGUUAGAUAGAUCAAAUAUUAAAGUUAGAAUUCCUGAUUACUACCUGUAUCAACUGCUAAAGAUAAAAUUAUAAUAAUCUGCCUGCAAAAAUAAAGGCUAUAUUCUUGAUGGGUUUCCAAGAAAUUUUCAAAAUGCUACUGAGUUAUACUUAAGAAGAAUCGAAGAUUAUGAUCCGAGCUAGUUUGAUAAUGACUCUUUAUAACUUGAUCCUUUCCCUGGUUUUGACGUUAAGAUUAAUCAUCUGCCUCAAUAUAUUAUCAUAUUAGAAGGUGAUGAUGUAUAGCUAAAAUCUAGAAUUAAGCAAAUUAUCCCUGCAGACUAGCUAAACUCGACACAUUAUAAUGACCAAGGAAUGGAUAGAAGAUUAAAGUUAUACAGAGACUCUACAAAUGAAGCUACUGGAAACACUUUGAUAAGCUUUUUUUCAAAACUAUUACCCUUGGAUCGCAUCAGAAGGCUGAAUUGCUUUGAUCUGGAAGAUUCCUUAACGAAUGAAAUGUCGAAAUUAAUUGAAAAAGAUGGAAAGCCAUGCUGUUUGAAUCUGAUUAAUGAAAAGGACUUAUAAUAUUUAAAGAGAAAGGAAAAGAAGAAGAAACGAAAGCAACUUGAGAAUGAUGGAAAAUUAGAGGAGUUAGAAGAAGAAAAAUCCGAAGAGGAGCUGGACUUAUUAACAUAAAAUAUGAAGAAAGAGGAAUAGGAGAUGAUGCAAAGAGAAUAGGAAGAAAAGCAAAGACAAGAGCAAAUGAGACAAGAGAGAUAGUAGUAGAAAUAAGUAAGAUUGAAGGAAUAAGAGCAAGUUCAGUAGGCUAGACUAAAUGAGAUAGAUGUGCUAGAUAAAAGAACUUUACCUAUCAGAUAGUAUUUAAUGGACAACAUCGUUUCACAUGUAAUGCAAGGAUUAGUAGAGCUUUGCCAUAAAGUACCUGUGGACCCAGUUGAUUUUUUAGCAGAUUAUUUGCUUUUGAAGGCUGAUGAAAUUGAUUAGCAAAGACUAAUUGAGAGAGAGGCUGAUGUCUAAACUAAAGGUCAUAAUAAGUAAAAAAGAAGAAGAUGA